AUGGCCAAGCAGAGGCCCAACAGACAGGGAAAAGGCAUCGCGGCUACGACGGAUCCGUCGCCUGCAGCGACGACAGCGGCGCCGCCCGGCAAGCGGCCGCGCGAAAAGCGUGCUGUCGCUCCUGGCGCGCCACCGCGCAGCGUGCUGGGCCCCCGAGCGAUCGCCGUUGCGCUCGCGGCAGCCGCCAUUGCCGUGCUGUGCGCUUGCUUGGCGAAGCCGGGGCUGCUGCUGGCGCUGCUUCGGCGGUCUGCGGCGGCAUGGGGAUCGCCGUCAGCGGACGCGCUCCUGUUUGAACCCAUGACUGUCAGGGGCGGCCAGACUUUCGGGCCCUCGUUCGGGCUGUACCCCCGCGGCUGCCGGUGGCGUGACGUGACUCCCAACAACAUUUCGCAGCAG